AGACAGGAGCCAAUUAACCUACCAGAAUGUCUUUGGCUAAAGCACACGCAGUCACAGGGAGAACAUACAAACUCCAGGCAGGUGGUGCCGGGGUUGGGAUUCGGACCAGCGACCCUAGUACUGCCAGGGGGGACUGACAACUCAUGGGGCCCCCAGUCAACAGGGGAUCAUGGGGCCCCUGUGUUCUUGCCCAAACUCAAAAAAGCCUAUGAAAAAGGUAUCGGGGCAUCUCAUGGGGCCCCCUACUGACCCCGGGCCCUCGGGCUGUGCCCGAGUUUCCAAAUGGUCAGCCCGCCCCUGUGUUCUAGUGU